GCGGCAAACCCUUUCUGGUCCUGCACACCUGCAUUCUUAUACCCAUUUAUUCUGUUGCCUUGAGGACAAGAAUGCAGCCUUAGUCCCCAACCGAUACGCCAAAGAAAGACUCGCUGCUGCUGGCUUUGGUGAAAAACGGCUCACAUUUAAAGGCAGCCAUACAGAUUCAAAUGAAUUCCUCGAAUUCUUGAUGGAUGCCUAUCCAAAACUGCGGAACGGUGGCGGUUUCGAGUUGCUAAAAAUAUCUGGCACUACGAGAAGUCGCCACUUGAUUGUGAUCCCCUGUCCCAAUGAGGGUUACUAUGUCAGAUAUUUGAAGGACCCUCAGACCCAGAUUGGCCAUUCUACGGUUUUCAUUAGACCAAUGCAAAGAACCCUGAAUUUGGACCCUGCAUGUCGAUCAGAAGGCGACAACGUGUUAAUUGGACCAAAUCAGAAAUGUGUCAUCUGUGGAGAGGAGUUCCCCUUUUCCAGAAUCAAGGAUCACAGCAAUAACGGCAUGAGACCAUCACAGAGCAGCGGUGAGGUACAGAUUGAGUUGACAACUGAAAGGGCCUCCGGAAGUCAAGUUAGAUUUGAAAGCACGUUCACAGGAGCACAGGGAAAUGAGACAACAAGGGCCAGGAACACAAGACACUUGGUGCCACCUCAGGAAAUGUUGCCUUCUCCUGAGGUAGUUGACAUCGAUCCCACUGAGGAAAGUGGCUUCUCUGAUUGGAGAAUAGCGCCAGAUCCCACAGAGGCAGCAAAGAUGUUUAAAGAAGACAUUUUAAGCCAGCAUGCAACUGGAAAAUCCUUGUGUCUUACUAUGGAUCUUGGAGACAGUGCAGAGGAAAAGGAAAGAGCAGUCCUUACUUUUUAUAAGAAGGCAAAUGUUGAGUGGGCUUGCCCCUUGACAUGCACACUUAAGGGAGAUCCAGCCAUUGGUGAUGGUGUGACUCGGCAUUUCUUUGCAACCAUCAUGUCAAAACUUCAGGCUGGUUUUGAGAUGAAGUUUGUGCCUGGAGGAACUCUUCUUUUUGAAGAACAAGAUCAUCUGAUUCCCUCCACUUCUCAUCUCCUUUUGGAGAGUGACUUCUUUGUUGUUGCUGGCCGAAUGAUUGGAUAUUCAUUCCUCCAUGAUGGGCCAUGCCUAGGUGGACUGAGCCCAGCUGUCCUGCAUGUGCUCUUUGGUGGAUCCCCGGAAGAAGCCACAAUAUAUAUUAAGGACUGUGUUGACCUUGAUAUCCGUGAGACAAUCAAGUUGCUGGAGGGAACAGCAGAGUUAUCAUCAGAAGAAAAAAAGCUCAUCAAUGAGUUGGCACUGUCCUGGGAUUUGCCUCUAGUCACAUGUGACAACAGGAGAUGGCUAUUUGAUAAACUGAUCCUCCAUGCUGUCCUUGGAAGAACCUCCAGACAAGUCAAGCAGUUACGAAGGGGUUUAAAAGAGACACUGAUCUGGCCUCUGCUGACGGAGAGGAAAGACACGAUUCCCCUUCUUUCCAAGAGCAUCUGAUUUGCAGUGCACACCACGGAUGGUGUUGGAGAAGAUAAACUGGCCCACACAGGAUGAGGAUGAAGACAGUGAAGUCUCUUUGGAGGAUUCCUGUAGGCUCACAGGAUUCCUGCGCACAUUUAUUGAGAUGGCAUCUCCCGUUAUCCUUGGGAAACUUGUGCAGUUCUGGAUAGGAUGGAAUGUGCUUCCUAGACAUGGCCUGGAUGUGACCGUGGUGGAGAGCAACUUCCCCAGCUCUUCCACAUGCUUUCACCAGCUGAAACUUCCAGGACAUUACAAAGAGUACUGUAUGUUUGAAAGGGACAUUCUUGCUGCUAUUUGGAGCACUGAAACUGGGUUCGGGAUGGUCUGAAGAGACGGACACACCUUAGUACUAGAUUUGUUGUCUUUUGUUUGGCCGGCCAAAAAU